AUGGCCUCCUUUGAGGUUACCAUGGGGCUGAAUGCAUCGAGGGGUGCAUUCAUCGAAAGGGUACAUAAGGAACUGCUCGGUGAUGAGGUGGACCAGCUCACCAUAACAUCCUUGCAUGCCAAGCUGGAUAUCCUCGAAACUUAUUGGGAGAAGUUCGAGGCUACUCAUGAGAAACUCGUCGGAGGGAGCUCAAAGGUGGAAAAUGUCCUGGAACUGGAGUAUUUUCGGGAGCACCUCUUCGACCGCACCAUUGUGCAUUAUCACGAGGCUAAGGGGAUUUUGACUCAGCUCAUUGACAGGAAGGGCGUGUCCACCAGCUCACGCCGCUCUGCUGCAGGAGGAACCGCUCAACCAUCAACGGCUAAAAGGUGCCUGCCAGAAAUUGCUCUCCCUAAAUAUUCUGGCGUAUUCUCGGAAUGGCGGUCCUUCCGAGAUUUGUUCAGCUCAUUGGUCGGCUCAAACCCAGAUAUUCCAAACGUGGAGAAGAUGCACUACUUGAGGACGAGCCUCAAGGACGAGCCAGCUCGCAUCAUCUCCAACAUCACCAUCUCGGAUGAUUCAUUUGCUUCAGCUUGGGAACUGCUCCUUACACGCUACGAAAAUAAGCGCCUCCUCGUCUCGGCGCAGCUCGAGCGCCUACUCAACCCACCAGGCAUGACCGCUCACAGUGCUCGAGAGUUAAAUACCCUGUUGACCACUGUCGCCGAAGCAUUGAACGCUCUGGAGGCAUUAGGGUCACCGACUGCUCAUUGGGACCAGGUCCUCGUUUCUGUGGUAUCCAAACGGCUCAGCUCGAAGCUCCGAGAAGCAUGGGAAGUGAAAGUCGGGUCGUCCACCGACUUCCCCAGUUUUUCAGCCUUCAAGGACUUCCUCACCGGGAGGGCUCGUGCCAUGGAGAGCAUGGAGAUUAACACGCCCGCUCGCUCCACGGAUCAGGCUACGAGGCCCCCCACCGUCAGCUCAAGAAGGCCUCCCUUGUCGGUCAAGGUGCAUCACGCAGCUGCUCCACAGCCACAACAGGCCAGGCCAACUCCCAGGAAAACUUCAUCAGGGAAAGUGACCUACCCCUGCUCAAUGUGUCAGGCAGACCACUAUCUGUCAACCUGCACAUCAUUUCGUCAGCUCACUGGUCCAGCUCGUCGGGAGAUAGUGGAACGGUACUACCUCUGCUACAACUGUCUCGGUCGUCACUCAGUCAAGGACCGCAGAUCGCAGACGAGAUGCCAGCUCUGUGGAGGUCUCCAUCACACGAUGCUACACUCCACCUCGACCACAGCUCCACCUAAGCCCAGUCACGGGCCAUCUUCUAGGACCGCUCAAGGUACCGCUCAAAACCAAGCCGCAUCAUCAUCAGCUCGACCAUCUGGGGUACCAAUGGUCACGUACACCUACGGGGAUGGGGUCACUACUAUUGCCGUUUCGUGCUCAGCUCGUCAGCUCGAUUCUGGAAUUCCUGGUUGCCGUCCUGGGGUACUUCUGGCCACGAGUCUAGCAUAUCUCGUGUGUCCAGAUGGGGCCGCUCAUCGCAUUCGUCUGCUCAUCGACCCAGGAUCAGAAAUAUCUCUUAUUGGGGACCAGAUUGUGCGUCGUCUGGGACUUACUAGGUCCAAGACUUCACUACUCAUUUCCGGAAUCGGAAACUCGGCAUCUGGGCCGGCACUAGGCAAGGUACCGCUCACCAUACAGUCCACUCAUUCUUCAUUUCAGCUGAGAGUCACGGCCUAUGCUCUCAGCCAGCUCACCACGUCGUUACCGACGUUUACACCCGGACAGCUCAAGUGGGAUCAUCUUGAAGGGUUACAACUCGCUGAUCCCAGCUUCCUGGCACCAGCACCAAUUGACGUCCUACUUGGUGCUGACGUCUACGGUCAGCUCAUCCUGCCAGAGGUCAUCACGCAUGACCCAGGUUCACCAUCGGCUCAGCUCACUCGACUCGGAUGGGUCAUCUUCGGGCCCACUGAAAGUGUUGCGUUAACUCACACGGCCACAGCUCACCUUGCGGUAUCCAAUGAGGACCUCGAUGGCUUACUCACCAGGUUCUGGGUCCAGGAAGAGGUUCCUGAGACUUCAGAGGUACAGCUCACCGACGAGGAAGCUCAAUGCGAGGAACACUUUCGGCGGACACACACCAGGGACUGCUCCGGACGUUAUAUUGUCCGGUUACCGCUCAAGGCUCCGCCCUCAGUGCUUGGGGAUUCACGAGCGUCUGCGCUCGCAUGCCUUCACCGACUGCUCAGGAAGUUCUCCCGUGAUGAGGAAUACCAUCAACUCUAUACAGACUUCCUCAAGGAAUAUGAAACCCUUGGCCAUAUGCGCCGGGUCUCCGGACAGCUCACUCAGACAGCUCAUUGA